AUUGUUGUGAACCACAUGUGUAUACAUUUGAAUACAUUUCUCAUUAAAAACAUUUGAUUAUUAUUUAAUUGUUUUAAUUUAAAUCAUAGUUUUUAUAAUCAAAUUAUUUAUACAAUUAGUGUAAUCGUCUUAUAUUUUAUGCUUCCGAAGAAUGUCCACCAAAGAACUCAAAUGUGGAUAUUAUGUAAAUCAUUGUCAAGACUUGCCAUCAGCCAUACAAUUGGCUACAAAUAGCGGUUUUAAUUUUAUUGCAACCAAUUUAGUUCAUCCACGAUCUCAUGACUUCACUCCAUACAGUGAUCUUCAGCUGUCAAGUAGUGAUUGGAAUACUCUUGUGGUGGGAAUUAUGUCAGACUUUGAUCUCUUAAGCAAUACUUUAGAGAAUAUAACCAAAAUGGAGGCCGAGAUUACAUAUGCAGUACAUUUAGGUGUACCGGCUCUGCUAUUUCAAUGUCCCACUACUAUUGAUGGCAUCAACCAAUUGGCGAGAAUUAUCAAUUCUCGGCUCACAUUUUCGGGUGGAUUUCAAAAUUUGCCUCAAUUUUGGAUUCAAAUUCCAGUUCAAUCACCGAAUGAAAACUCGAAAAACUGGAGAAACGAUUUGGUAGAUAAUGACAAUGACAGUGAAGACACUUGGUUUUGGUGGAAUCGUCUUAGAAGUCUCAUUGCAACUGAUAAAAGGUUGGCCGUUGCUCUCGAACUUAACGGUGAUUUACCCGAUGAUAAUAUGAUCGCUCGUUGGGCUGGAGAGCCCGUUAAGGCUAUUUUCCUAUCAACCGCUAUGUUUCUUAGUAAUCGUAAAGUCUAUCCAGUCUUAACAAAAGCUCAUCAAUUGUUUGUACGCCUCUUAAUGACAAAAAUGUCAAAUGAUAUCCAUUUUAUAAUCAAAGGUCACAACAGACAUACAGAUAUUAGACAUUAUGUCCAAUAUUUAGAUCACAUUCGUUUGACUCAAUUGCCAAGCGAUCCGGUGGCCACCUUUGCUCGAGGCUAUGAAGACUUUCUGCAAAUACCACUUCAACCAUUGAUGGAUAACUUGGAGUCGUGUACUUAUGAGGUGUUUGAAAAGGAUCCCAUAAAAUAUGAAGAAUAUGGAAAGGCCAUAAAUCAAGCGUUGAGUGAUUUACAAAGCAAUGAAGAAAUAGUUAUUAUGGUUGUUGGCGCCGGAAGAGGACCGUUAGUUGAGGCGAGUAUUUCUGCGUCACAAAAGUGCAAAAAGAAAGUUCAAAUUUUUGCCGUCGAGAAGAACCCCAACGCUGUGGUGACGUUACGAACACUUCGUGAUCAGCGAUGGGGAGGAGAGAAAGGACUUGAAUUUUCCAAAGUUGAUGUCAUUGCCUGUGAUAUGAGAGACUGGGAAUCAUCUAAAAAGGCUGAUAUCGUUAUAUCAGAACUUUUAGGCUCUUUUGGUGACAACGAAUUGAGUCCGGAGUGUUUGGAUGGCGUUUGGUCUUAUGUGAAGGAAACGGCUGUUUCUAUUCCGAUCUCUUAUACUUCAUAUUUAGCACCAAUUCAGUCACAAAGACUUUACAGUGAGGCCGCACAGCUUCGCGAAAGGGAUAAACCAGCGCACGGUGUCUUUGAAACGGGUUAUGUGGUGUUUAUGAGAAACUUUUAUAGCAUCGAUGCCCCCAAACCUCUCUUCACUUUUUGUCACAACAACCUCACACUAAAGCCAAGUGAAAGAGACAAUUCUCGCUUCAAAUCACUUGAUUUUGAAGUCAAAGUGGACACCGUUUGCCACGGAUUUGCCGGUUAUUUUGAAGCCACUCUCUAUGGAAAUAUCAAACUAUCGACUGUCCCCUCGACUCAUACAUCGGGAAUGUUUAGUUGGUUUCCCAUAUAUUUUCCAAUUUUCAGUCCUAUGUUUCUAAAGGCCGGUCAGACAUUUAAAGUGGAUUACUGGCGAAUGACUAGUCGUCGACAGAUUUGGUAUGAGUGGGCGAUCACUGAUCCGAUUCCAUCGGCAAUCCAUAACCCAAACGGUCGCACCUAUUCUAUCGGUCUUUUGUAAUGUUAUAUUCAUUUAGUAUUGUUUUAAAUUGAAAUUCAUUUUAUCG